GCAAAGUCUUCAAAAAAAAAGUGGUUCAUCCUUUUCUUCUUCACCUCAUUCCACCCAUGUCAACGAAGAAAGGCGGAAGCUGUUCUUGCUUGAUGAAGUUCUUGUUCAUCGCUACUUUGGCUAUUGCCAUCUUCCUUGGUUUUGACCAGGUGAUUGAUCGCUUUUACAUUUUUGAUCAGAAUGUCUUGCACGAAGUUGCCAAACGCAACAUCGAGGCAUAUGAAGGAAAGAACGAUACUCGCGGUCUUAUUAAUUCCAUUGCGCAAGACCUUGCCAAGGAAUAUCCUGGCCAUGUUUCCAUCAAAGAGGACUGGGUGUUCAACAAUGCUGGUGGCGCCAUGGGUUCCAUGUGGAUUUUGCACGCGUCCCUCACCGAAUAUGUAAUCAUCUUUGGUACGGCCGUCGGUACCGAAGGUCACACUGGUCGUUUCUUUGCCGAUGACUACUUUAUGAUCUUGGAAGGUGAACAGUGGGCUUAUCAGGCUGGUGCAUUAGAUCGUGAUGUGUAUCGUCCUGGUGAGAGCCACCAUAUGGCUCGUGGUGUUGUUCAGCAAUACAAGAUCCCUGAACGCGCUUGGGCUCUUGAAUAUGCUCGUGGUUGGAUUCCUUUGAUGUUGCCUUUUGGUACUUUUGAUAUGAUCUUCUCCACCAUUGAUUAUGUGACCCUGUACAAUACCUUCCGUAUCACCGGCAAGGCCAUGAUCUCUGAACUGCUUCAAGGCAAGAUCUAGACUUACAGUUAUGUACUUACUUAGCUUACUUUUUUUCGGCUAGCUGCCGUCCACACCUAAUUAAAUUAAACUCUUUUCGUUUCUUAUCUUUUUUUUUAUUUUAUUUCAUUCGCUUGAUUAUUUUUGUAACGGUGUGGUUUUACUACGCGCGCUGUUUGAAUAAACUGUAACCCAAAAUGUUGCCUGAUGAA